CGCGAGCGCCUGCGCGAAGGGGUACGCAUGCGCAGAGGGGCCAGCCCGCUGACAGAUUCUCGGUGGCGGCGGCAGCGGCGGCGGCCCUGGACUGCGGGGAAUGGGAAUCCUAGGUCCCUGACUGAGCACCUCCCCCGCCUCCCUGCCCCCGACAUGGCUCAGGAGAAGAUGGAGCUAGACCUGGAGCUGCCUCCGGGUACGGGCGGGAGCCCGGCGGAGGGCGGCAGCAGCGGCGGCGGCGGGGGCCUCAGGAGGUCUAACAGCGCCCCCCUGAUCCACGGCCUCAGUGACACUUCGCCGGUGUUCCAGGCCGAGGCGCCGAGCGCCAGGCGGAACAGCACAACGUUCCCGAGCCGCCACGGCCUGCUGCUACCGGCCUCCCCCGUCCGCAUGCACAGCAGCCGCUUGCACCAGAUCAAACAAGAAGAAGGCAUGGACUUGAUCAACCGAGAGACGGUCCACGAACGGGAGGUGCAGACCGCAAUGCAGAUAAGCCACUCCUGGGAGGAAAGUUUCAGCCUGAGUGACAACGACGUGGAGAAAUCCGCCUCCCCCAAGCGCAUCGAUUUCAUUCCUGUGUCACCGGCACCGUCACCCACUCGGGGAAUUGGGAAGCAGUGUUUUUCGCCAUCCUUGCAAAGUUUUGUAAGUAGCAACGGAUUGCCUCCAAGCCCUAUUCCCAGCCCAACGACCCGAUUUACCACCCGGAGAAGCCAGAGCCCCAUCAAUUGCAUUAGACCAAGUGUUCUUGGACCAUUGAAAAGAAAAUGUGAAAUGGAAACUGAUUAUCAGCCAAAGAGAUUUUUCCAGGGCAUCACCAACAUGCUUUCUUCUGACGUUGCACAGCUGUCAGAUCCUGGCGUGUGUGUAUCUUCGGAUACCCUUGAUGGAAACAGCAACAGUGCCGGAUCUUCUUGUAACUCACCAGCGAAAGUCAGCACUACCACCGACUCUCCUGUGUCACCUGCCCAAGCGGCUUCUCCAUUUAUUCCACUAGAUGAACUUUCGUCUAAGUGAUUCACUCAUCCUGAGACUUUCUUUUUGCAGUGGAGAGAGAAUAAUCAAGUUGGGGCAAACACUGAACUUUGUCAAUUAAUUUGAGGCUAUUUCCUAUUCUACCCCUUUUCUUUUUUGAAAUUUCCUGAAAUGAUGUUAUUCUAGAGAACUUCUAUGUCAGGUUCCUGCGGAUACCUUUGAAUUCAGUGUAGUAAUAUUUUCAGACGUUUCCCCAAUAAGUGUGUCGAAGCAUACAUCUUUACGCUGCUACUAUGUCUAAAUACAUAUGUUAUCCCUUGAUUUUUUUAAAUAAUUGAGAGCUCUAUUUAUUUAUGGGAUUAUUAAGUUCUGAUGAAAAUAUAAAUGUUGACUUAAUCAGCAUAGUAAACUGAUGUUUAAAAUUCCAUACUUCAUGCCCACACUAAUUUUUAAUGUUAUUUUCAGUGGUUUGCCGAUUUCCAUCUGAUGAAGAACUAUACAGCUUAAAACAAAAUACGUUAGUUAUAUCAAUCUAGUGGUUGCCUGUUUUACCCAGGAAUUCUUGGAUAUUUAGUUUUCUGGGUACCGAAGUGGAUGGGAGGGGGAAUGAUUAGAGAACAAAUUAUAAAAGUUUACAACAAAUCCUUUCAAAUUAAGUAUAUAAAAGUAAACUUUUAAGGCAAACAUUUUUAAUGAGAUUUUAAUAGUAAUUCUAGUCAGUCAUACAACUAUAUUAUAGAGAAAAAAAAAAUUUUCCUUUUUUUUUUUUUUUUAACCAGAAAGUGCAUUUGCUUGGGUGCAAUCCUAAAGUGAAAUGGGACAGUGCCUUGCAGUCUUUGCCCACUGUACAUAGGCUAAGGCUAAGCUCUUUGUACUACUGCAAACUUAAAAGUUUUUCAAAUGUAGAAAAUGUGUGGGAAGGCUUGUUGAACUUCGGCACACCCAGGUAAACAAUACUCUCUCUCGAUUGUUGAUAUACUUUAAAAUAUUCAGUUGUGCCUCAGUUCCAAAAAUUAUUGCCAACCAGGAGCCAGAGCAAUUUUUGGCUACUUUUCUGCUCUGCCCAUCUGUCACCUUACUGGUUUUCCCUUGUUCAGGAAGGAAGCAGCUGUUUCCUUGCCAACAGGUCCCUUCCUCUCCAUCUCCCACCAAAGUAGGGCACCAUUGAUUAGACAAAGGUACAGUGUAACUUGGAUUUCUGACAGCAACAACAGGACUGUGAAUUGUUUAACCUCUGUGGUUAAAGCUACAGCUUGAGUUGACUGCCUUGGGGAUGUCCAUUAAUUAAGGGGUGAUGAUUUGCAAGAGAAAAUUAGUGGAGAGUCACAUAGGUAAAUCAUUAUUUAACUUAGGUUUUGCUAAAGGUAGAAUAGUCGAAUGUUCUUUUCUUUGCCUUUACAAUUAAGACAAAAUAAUAAGAAUAACAAAUUUUUCUUAAUAUUCUUCCUUAUACCUCAUAUAGCUUCCUUAACUAGAUAGUUUGACAGAAAGAAUGGCAUACAAAGAGGAAAGGGGAAAAAUGACUCAGAACAAGACAAAAGCUCUGACUUUUUAAAGUUAUCGCUUACAGAAACGAACAAUUUUGUGGAAUUUUUACGACUAUGAAAAUAAAUGGAACUGGUCAAUUGACGGUUGCCUCAAGAUGGAGUGAAAUUGCAUUGAGGGUAAGACUGUGUCCACAGGUUUAAAAUUCUCUCUUCUGAGUAAUAGUGUUCAUGUGCUCCCAUUCUCGACCUUGUUCUUCAAAUUCAAACUUAAAUAGUCUGACUUCUUGUUGGGUAACUUGCCCUGCCUCCAGAGGUAUUUAAACUUCAUUAUCUUCAACACAGAAAUUGUUAAUCUUCUCACUUCACCUGUUCUUGCAUUAUCUCAGUUGAUGUCAUCACUAAUUUCCUAAACUAGAAAUCAUGGAAGCAUCUUUGACUUUUCCUUUUCUCUGUUGGAUUAGCUUAAUCACCAAGUCCUGUCAACUUCUGAAAUGAAUCUCAAAUUUCUUCCCUUCUCUAUCUGUUGCCCCUGAUUUUGCCUUAAGUUCUUGCCUGAGUGAUCUCCCAGGCUGUCUUCUGUCUCCUUUUAGUUCAGUCUUUAUACUGCCUCUUGAGAAAUCUUUCUAAAAUUUAAACUUGAUAUUUUUCACCCUCUUGCUUGAAACCUUCAUUUGCGUCCCCAUUUCCUACUCUUUAAGGAAUGAUUUCUUUAGCCUCAGAUAGAAGGUUCUUUAUGAUCUGGCCAUAUUCUGCAAUAGCUUCAAUCCUCUCCUCAUCUCUGUUCCAGUAUACGUCUUUCCUUCUUAUUCUACAAACAUUAGACCACUUGAUAUUCUUUAAAUAUGUCAUGUACUUUCAUGUGUCUGUGCUUUGGGAUAGAUUGUUCUUUCUCCCUAAAAUGCCAUUCCUAUCCUUUUCAGGGAGGCAAGUUGCACGUGAGUUUAAGUAGAAGGCAAUGUAUACCUGCUGAUUAUAAAAUAUUUAAACAGUGUACAUAUCUAUGUAGUUUUAAAAGUCUAAUUUUAACUAUGUAAAAGUCAUCUUCCCUUUCAACAGGUAACUUCUGUUAACAACUUGGUAUAUAUUGUACAAGAUGUGUUACUGGCAUUUCCAUGUAUAUAUGUAUAUAAAUGCAGGAAACCAACAUGUCCUUGGUACCUCUCUUCUUUUCUUUCCCCCAUAUCUAAUCAUUCCUCAAGUCUUACUGAUUUUAUCAGCUGGAAUCUAUCUCCUUACUUCUACCUCUAUUGCCACUCUGGUCCUGGCUACCAGCAUUUCCCUCUUAGACUUCUGAAGCAACUUCCUAACUCCCACUUGUGCUCAUCACACUCUGGUCGGCUAUCCGUUCAUUCUCUAUACAGCGACUAGAGUCAUCCUUUUAAAAUUGCGGACCUGAUCCUUCCAUCUCCCAGCUGAAAGCUUUUCAUUUGCUUCCUGUUCUCAUUUGUAUGCCGAAAUGUAUUAAUUCUGGGCUAGGAGGCCCUGAGGAAUUUGGUCCUUCCCUCCUCCCCCAUUGUUUUCUGUGCUUCGCCCUCACUGGCUUGCUUUUGUUUUCCUUAAAUACAUCAUAUUCUCUCCUAUUUUAGAUCGUUUUCCUAGAAGGUAUGGAAACAUUUAUUUCUGUAAACUUAUUCUCUAUAGAUGGGAAGUUUUUAAAUCAAAUAAGGUUCUAAGGGUAUAUGGACAAUUUACAUGAUCAUAGCAUUGUUCAUAACUUCCAUCAUUAUUCUGUAGACUAAGGGCUUACUUAGCUCGUGUAAGAAUUAUCCUUCAAAAAGCAUUUUUAAGGUAUUAAUAUUGGUAAUCUAUAAACUUUGUACAAGAAAUCCUCAAGUCAAUAGCAACAUUUAUUUAAAGUACAGUUUGUCAUAUAUAAUAAACCUCUGGCAUAUUUUCCUUUAUUAUGUUUGUUAAAAACACAGUAUAAAUGGGAGAAAUAAUUAAGAAUCAUUAAAUCCAAGGCUGCUGGAUGUUAGGACCCUUAAGUGUACUUAAAAGAUUGAUUGUAAUCAAGAAUAACUUGUAUCAGAUUCCCUUCCAGUGAUUCACAUUUAUGAGUUCAACCAGUUACAUACCUGUAGCAAGAGACCACUUUAUUUGGCAAUAAAAUUGGGGAAGGAAUGAAGACUUAAAUGA